AAAAACAAGGAAACAUGAAAUUAUUGAGUUGAUUCCCAUCUCCCUUUUUAACCUAUCCAUCCAUCAGUGGCAAUUUUCAUAAUUAACCACUGACAACACACACACACACACUCUCUCUCUCUAACUUUCUCUCUCUGCACCAAAGUACAUUAACACAUGGAUGUAAUACUCUAAUGUAUAAUUGAAAGAUCCAACCUUUUCCCCUGUAAUCUGCAUGUGUGUAUGUCUUUCUUUCUUUCUUUCUAUUUUUACAAUAAAAAGAAUCCUAGGUGGGUUUAAUUCUAAAUAAUACUACUUCUUCUCCCCUUCAAUUCACUAAUUGAGGUUGUCUCUUUACAGACACACACACACACACACACACACACAUGCAGUGGUUGCCAUUGAUUUUUUUUUACAUACAUAUUCAUGCUUACAAGAAAUCCCUUUUCCCUUUUUUUUUUUAAUGUAGUUGUCUGUGAUUUGCCUUGUACUAUGAUGGUGAUUGUUUCAGAUUUCUUUUCUUGAUUUAACUGAAAUUUCCGGCCUGCAUUGAUUGAUUAUUUAUGAUUUUUUUUUUGUUCAAAAAUUGUUUAAAGAUCCAAUUUUUAUGCAAUUUAUAUGUGCUAAUUUAAAUGGGCCUUUCCCAGAUCUUCAAUUUUAUCACGGAUCACCCCUCUUUGUUAGGUUUUAAUCCGCCCCCGCCUUCGCCUUCAAUUUGAAAACCCUAAAGAUUCAAUUUUUAUCUUCUUUUUCAAAAAAUUGAAGAAAAAAAAAAAUCAAGAAUGUGGAAGCAAUUUCUGGGUAAACUCCCCCGAAAAUCCCCAAAAUCAGAUCAGGAUUUACCCAGAAACCCUAAUUUAGGCCCUAAUGCUGCAAACCCGGCUGCCAAAAGGGCCUCAGCUGCAGUUUUUCCAGCCAGUGUGAUUGCAGGUAUCGAGCCAUUGCUCGCCUUUAAAGACGUCCCGAAUUCCGAAAGAAUGAAUCUUUUCAUCAGUAAAUUGAGUCUUUGCUCUGUUGUGUUCGAUUUCACCGACCCCGCAAAGAACAUUCAAGAAAAGGAGCUCAAAAGAGCCACUUUGCUCGAGCUCCUCGAAUUCGUAUCCGAAAACCCACCGAAAUUCUCCGAGCCCGCGAUUUUAGCAUCUUGCAAAAUGUGCUCGAUAAAUUUAUUCCGCGUUUUCCCACCCAAUUGCCGAUCAAGAAUCACAACCGAAAACGACAAUGAAGACGAGCCCAUAUUCGAUCCGGCCUGGCCCCACUUGCAGCUAGUGUACGAUUUCUUCCUCAGAUUCGUGACAUCGACUUCCCUAGAAGCAAAGGUAGCAAAAAAGUACGUAAAUCAUGCAUUCAUAUCAAGAAUCGUGGACUUAUUCGAAUCGGACGAUCCAAGAGAAAGGGACUCACUAAAGGCGAUCCUGCAUAGGGUCUACGGUAAAUUCAUGAUCCACCGCCCGUUUAUAAGAAAGUGCGUAAGCAAUGUAUUCCACAGAUUCGUAUUCGAAACGGAGAAGCACAACGGAAUCGCAGAGCUGUUGGAGAUUUUCGGGAGCGUGAUAACGGGAUUCGCUCUGCCUCUAAAAGAAGAGCACAAGAUAUUCUUUUCGAGGGCUUUGAUUCCUCUGCACAAACCAAAGUCUUUGGGGGUUUACUUUCAGCAGCUCUCGUUUUGCGUGACUCAGUUCAUCGAGAAGGAGCCGAAGUUGGGGGUUGUGUUGAUCAAGGGGCUUUUGAAAUGUUGGCCGAUUACGAAUAGCCAAAAGGAGUUGAUGCUUUUGGGUGAGGUGGAGGAGGUUUUGGAGGCGACUAAUAUGACCGAUUUUCAGAAAGUUAUGGUGCCUUUGUUCUAUCGGAUUCGACACUGCAUGAAUAGUUAUAAUUUUCAGGUUGCCGAGAGGGCUUUGUUCCUGUGGAACAACGACCAGAUUGUGAACCGUAUUGCGCACAACAGGGAAGCGAUUCUGCCGAUAGUAAUUCCGGCUCUGGAACUAAACGCGCAGAACCACUGGAACCAUUCGAUUCUCAACCUGACUUUCAACGUGAAGAAGAUGCUCGCAGAAAUGGACGAACCCCUUGUAUCUGCCUGCAUUUCCAAUUACCGAGAGGAACAAGAAAGGCAAGACUCGGAAAUCGAAAAACGGAGCGAAAUUUGGGAGCGCUUGGAAAAUGCUGCUAAUCUACAGCCGUUGGUCGGAAACACUACCGCUGUUCUCGUGACUCACUGAACAAAAAACACACACAUCCAUGUUGGUGUGUGUGUGUGUGUGUGUGGAUCAGUCAUCAAUGGUGGAACUUUUAUCCAUUGUUUUUUUUUGGGAUAAAUAUGCCAUAGUGUGUAAACUGUAAAACUAACAUAUUUUAUCGGUUAAUUUUUAUUUAUUUAUUAUUAUUAUUUUC